AUGUCUUCGUCUUCUGGAUUCCAGGCCAUGCCGGGUUGGUACUGGCCUGAUGACGCGCCGAAGACGGAGCCCUCCCAGCCAUCACCUUCAGGCACCUCCAGUACCAGCGACAACGCUUCGUCGCAAUCGCGCAGCUCUAGACGUACUCACUGGCCGCCGCGACAAUGCAGGAUAUGUCUCGAGACGGUUCAGCCAACAUUCAAUGUUCCCUCACAAAGCCUUCCCGGCUUCUUACAGUCUUCCAAUGUGGUUUACGAAGACGAAAGCGGUCGCCUGAUCCGUCCAUGUAGCAUUGGUGCUCAGGUUGGUUUGACUGCCAUCAUAUUAAUUUCCAUCAUCUUCGUCCUUGGUUUCGUUGCCGAUCCUAUCAUAAACCUGUAUCUGGAUCCAUGGAGCUUCUUGUCCCCUUUCUCAGGAUCUGAUUACUCGUACUACUAUGAGGACGAAGAGUCAGCCACUUGGUAUGAGCACUUUGCGAAAGGCUUUGCCAGCAUGGGUGUGCUUGGUUUCUUGAAAGUUCUCAUCGCUAGUCCGCUCUCCUAUUUCAGAAUUGGAGGAGGCCGAGGUCGAACGACUGGUCGAGACCGAUAUGAGCAGGUUAGCUGGAUCAUUAUCCUGAUAGGCGUGGGCACAUUUCUAGCGGCAAUCUACAAAGGAGUCCGUGUAUGGAGUCGCCGUACGCUUGAAAAAGCUGGCGAACGUGUCAUGGAUGUUCAAGGCGAUAAUGACGACGAUGAUGAAUAG